AUGGGCCCGCAUGCUGGCAACGGCAUGGGAGCUAUGGACAGUAUGGGUGCACAGAUGCAGGGCCACGGUGGCCCAGGCCAGCCCCCCGCCACGGAAUACACACUUCAGGGCGUCAUGCGCUUUCUCCAGACGGAGUGGCACCGCCACGAGCGAGACCGCAACGCCUGGGAGAUUGAGAAGCAGGAGAUGAGGGGGAGGAUAGCCCAUCUCGAGGGUCAGGCUCGUAGGGCAGAUGCCACGCAAAAGGCACUGCGGAAGUACGUGUCCAUCCUCGAACGCAAGGUCAAGGACCAGUCUGCCCAGCUCAGAGGCGGCGAUGCUGCCAAUGAGCAAGAUGCCAUCGCCAAGGCCGCAAAGAACGAUCGCAUAGCCAAGAUCCAAGAAAAGUUGAAGUCAUCACCCGAGACGUACAACAUUCCUGGCGUGGAGGGUAUUGAACUAGAAAAGACCGACGACGAAGCACAGCGGAACGACCUCAAGGCAUUCUUGGACCAGUGCCAGAGCGAGUUCAUGUACCUCAUGGUGUCCCCCGCCAACCCCCCGCCGCCCCGCGGCUCACCACCCCUGCCGAUGAUGGAGGACCUGCGCGAGGUUGACGCCUAUGGUAUACCCGGUGCUCAGCCUAUGGAGCGCCAGUAUCCGAUGCAGCACCGACCGAUGCAGAACCACGUAGCCGACGUCGACCCGAGGCAGCAGCACCAGGCGCCCAACCACGCGCAACCCCCGUCCCACCAGAACGCCAACGCCUUCAUCCCCCCCAAGUCGGACCUUCAGCCGCAGCUUAUGGUGCAGUCUAACAGCGAGGCUCAGCCCGGCGCAUACCAGUCGUCCGACGACUGGAACUCAGUCUCCGUCACGACCCGUCCCGUCGAUUCCGGUAUGCCCGAUCCGGCUCAGGCCGCUGCCCAGGCUCUCGGCGGCAUGAACGAGCCUGCCGACCAGAACCACAGAGGUGGCCCACCCCCUGCCACAUCCGACCCCGAUGCCUGGGUCUUCCCGGAGGGCACGUCCCCGGAUCCCAGCACGCAGCAACAGGCUGUCCCGUCAACGUCCAACCGGCCCGACACCGACGUCUUCCCCAAUGCCGACAGCCUACCCAAGUCGCCAAACCGCCUCGCUGGCGGUCACAGGAGAAAGAGCUCGGCAUCGCGGAGACGCAGUGGCGAGCACGAACUGGGAUCUAGCACCGCUGCGAAGACUGAGGCAGGCAGCUUCAAACUACGUUUCGGCCUGCGCGGGCAUCUCAGUGCCGUCCGCACAGUCAUAUUCUCAGGUGGCGGCAGCCCCGGUGAGCCCGAGGUCUGCACAGCCGGAGAUGACGGCAUGAUCAAGCGCUUCCAUAUCCCACGGCUGGACGGCCACGCAGGCUCACUGGUAAACGCAGCCUCUGACCUGGACGUGACGGCCAACUUUACGCACAGGGGCCAUGCAGGCGCGGUUCUCAGCCUGACGUCUUGGUCGCCCGCACCCAACUUCUCGACGGGCGGACGGGCCCAGGGCGACGGAUGGGUCUUCUCCGGCGGCCAGGACUCGACGAUCCGAGUAUGGGAGCGCGGCAGGGUAGACCCCAAGGCGACGCUGAACGGACACACGGACGCGGUGUGGGCGCUGUGCGUCCUGCCGGCGACGCUAGGGUCCGUGUUUGGCGAGUCGAGCCCGCACGGCAGCGCGGACCGGAUCCUGCUGGUGUCGGGAUCCGCCGACGGCUACGUGCACCUGUGGUCGGUGAGCGCACCGCCGCAGCUCAGCUCGCCGCAGCCCGGGACCAACCGUAGCAUGACGGGCCGCGGCGGACGGGUGCGUGGCAACUCGAUGAGUUCCGGUAGCGGCUUCCCCAACACUCCCCAGCCGACAAUGGCGUCCAACUCGCCCUUCCACAGCACGCUGGUGCACAAGGUGGCGCGGGCGGACGGAUCCAAGGCGAGCCCCACGUCGAUCACGGCGCUGGGGACGUCGGGCGAGUCGUUUGUCGUCUCGUACGCAGACUCUGCCGUCGUGGUCUACGACACGCGAACCGGCGAACCCGUGGGCAACAUGGCCAGCACGGAGACGUACGACGGGACGCCGGCCACGAGCGUCAACGCCGUCGUCGCCACGACGGUGGGUCUCGACCAGGGACAGCACCGGACGAGCGGCGAGGACGAAGGCAGCGCAUCGUCGGGAUGGCCCACGGGCGGAGGACGGUCCAUGGCUGGCUCUGGUGUCGAGGGCACUAUCAUCUCUGGACACGAGGACCGUUUUAUCCGUUUCUUCGAUGCCAACAGUGGUCAAUGUACUUACAACAUGCUCGCUCACCCCGACGCCAUCUCCAGCCUGUCUCUCAGUCCGGAUGGUCUGGAGCUGGUCAGCGCCGGACACGACGCCUCCCUGCGGUUCUGGAGCCUUGGGAAGCGAUCCUGCACGCAGGAGAUGACGGCGCACCGCGUGAUGCGCGGCGAGGGCGUGUGCUCUGUCGUCUGGAGCCGCGAUGGAAAGUGGGUGGUCAGCGGAGGAGGCGACGGAGUGGUCAAGGUGUUUGCGCGAUAA